AUGGAUUUCUUGAAGCCAUUGAUUGGACUUCGAAAAGGCCAAAGCACGAAAGGGAUACAAGACCUCAAGAACUAUCUCGAUUAUCUCGGUUACUACUUAAAAAAUAACAACACUUCGUUCACAAAUAACAACUUAUUCGACAAUUCAUUAGAAUCCGCACUCAGAAAGUACCAAAAGUUUUACAAUCUUAAAGUCACCGGACUUCUCGAUCCACGCACCAUAGCAAAAUUGCACGAACCCCGAUGUGGGAUGCCCGAUUUUCACAACAAUAGUAUUAAUAAACUAAAUAGUGAUAAAUUUCGUGUGUCGUCUCACUAUGCAUUUCUCCCGGGUCGGCCCAAAUGGCGCAAGACUAAACUCAGCUACAUUUUCAAUACAAACGUUAACGAAGAAGCUAUAAUGGCGUUUGAGCGUGCCAUGAAGGAGUGGGCCCGUGUGACGCGUUUUACAUUUUUCCGGGCUAAAGACGUGGGCCGGUCUAAUAUUCGGAUCAGUUUCUUGCGUGGGCAUCAUGGUGACGAUUACCCGUUUGUUGGGCCGCAGCCUCGGGGCGGCCUGGCCCAUUCCUUUCCACCACCGAACGGGAGGAUUCACUUUGACGCGGCCCAGAACUGGUCGCAUAAUGGGGAUAGAAAUGCGUUUGAUGUUGAGACAGUUGGGCUACAUGAAUUGGGCCAUGUACUUGGGCUUGAUCACAGCAAUGUCCAACUGGCGGUCAUGCAUGCUAUAAUUGCUCCUGGUGAAAGAAAACAUUUGCAUGAAGAUGAUAUUAAAGGGAUCAAGGCGUUGUACAGAUUGAAAUAA